UUAAGACAGACCAGCUUGAAAUGCAACAGUAUGGGGAAUCACAAAUUUAUAAUAAGCAUGUAAUUUAGGAAAAAAUAAAAUAAAAUGUAUUUUAUGUAGGGUUAAUUUUAAAGAAAAUACAAAUUAUUUAUUUGCAUUAUUUGUUUGAAGUGCUAAUUUUGGAAAUUUUAAAUGUAAUGUUUACAUCACAUUUUAUUGAAUUUAAGGAAUUUUAAUGCUAAAAUCUUUGACUAAGUUUGGUUUAUGUAAAAAUCUUUAAACUAAAAAUUUACAGGUAACAUCGAUUUGUUUUACGGAUAACGUAGACGUUUAAUCUAAUCAGUUAAAUAAACUCAGCUAAAAGUUUUCAAGUUAAUUAUAGUACAUGAGAAUUUUACCCAAAUCAAACUUAAUUGAAAAGUUUAAACAUUAAAAAUGAUUUGAGUUUAAAUACUCAACAAUACUAAUAUAUUAACUGUGAUUAAUUAUUUAAUUAAAUUUUAUUACUUAGAAAUAAGUUUGAACCGUUUGUAUGAAAGACACUGCAAACAAGUUUUCUAGUUUUUGUUACAAAGAAAAAUAACCGUUAGAACUGAGAAAACAUGAAGAUAAAUUUAAGAAUAAAAAUAACCUUUACUUUCAUCAUGGACACUCUUUUUUUAGGUAUAAGAACAGCGAGAAACUUUAUACCGAAAGCCCCUUUCUCUAUUUCUUCGUAACUCUUCCGUCUUUCUAAAACGAACGAUACGAACUCAGCCAUGACAUCACGGCGCGCUACACGAUCGAUGGCGUCACUUCAUGGGAACUCAUUGCCGGUUCCUGACGAGCUCGCUAUGGAGAUAUUCUCGAGGCUGCCGUCGAAGGCGAUGGCGAGAUGUCGUUGCGCAUGCAAGCUCUGGUCCUCCAUGCUUCGCCGUCAAGAUUUCACAGAGCUUUUCUUGACCAAAUCUUGUGCUCGCCCUCAGCUCCUUUUCGCCUGCGAAGAUCGCAGCGUCAGUAAGUAUAUCUUCAUCUCGUCGCCUCAGCCUGAAAAUCCGGAAGAGAACUCGUAUGUUGUCGCCUCCAAUAAUCUUGCGUGUUUCCCACGUUCCUAUGAGUUAUUUGGUUGUACGAAUGGCUUCUUGUGUUAUGGAGCUAAGCCGAUCUUGGAGGGGAGGAUAAAUCCAGCGUAUGUCCCGGUGAUAUGUAACCCUAGCACGGGACAGUCUUUGAUCUUACCAACAUUGAAGUCGAGGAUGAGGUUUGGAAUCGAAAGCUAUCUUGGAUAUGAGCCCAUUGCGAAAGAGUUCAAGGCGUUGUCAAUGGAAAGCUCGUAUGUAAGUGGUCACUCUGUGAGGCACCAAGUUCUGACAUUAGGAACCAAGAAACUGACAUGGAGGUUGGUCGAGUGUUGCGUGCCACAUUCUUCUUCUCGUAAGUGGAUAUGCAUCAGAGGUGUUCUUUACUACACAGCGGCAGCAAACAGUUCGUCCGUGAAGUCUAUGGUCGUUUGUUUUGAUUUGAGGACUGAGAAGUUCAGCUUUGUGAAGUUCAUGGAAACCUCUAGUAAAGCAAUGCCUGGUUCAACAACUCUAGUAAACUACGAUGGGAAACUAGGUUUGCUUAUGUCUGGAGAUUCUCAUGCUGUUACUCGAGCAACUACAAGUUUUGAGCUGUGGGUUCUGCUUGACGCUGGAAAACACGAGUGGAGCAAUCAUGUCUACGUAUUACCACCUUCGUGGGAGGAUGUAGUUUCCAGAAACAUGCGCAUUGCUGGAAUGGUUGGUGUAAAUGAAAUCGUCUUGGCCCCCUGGUUCCAAAGAGUGCCUUCUUAUGUCAUCUACUUCAACGUGGAGAGAAAGACGAUCACAAAAGUUGGAAUCCAAGGACCAGAAGCGUUUAUGGGUAAGAUGUUCUACACCUAUCUCAACCAUGUUGAGAAUGUGAAGCUUCUUUAAGUAAGAGAUGAGUAGUUCGAAAAUCCACCUCUUGUGGAAGUUUCAACAAGUGGUUGAUAGAUAAUCUUCUUGUUACAAACUCUUUAAAAAUGUAUAUACUAAUCCAAAAUAGAGAAGUUUAGAAUGUGAUCUUUCAGUGCUGUGAUAGAGAGAGUAAGAGUAAAUGAGCAGAAUGUUACUAGUUUGCCCGGACCCUUGUAGAAGAUAUGAUAAAUCACAAGUUGUACAUUUGACUU